AUGAUGAGAAGUAGGCUAUAUAAAAGCUUGUGUGACUUACUGAAAUGUUAUCCAGAAUUAAUUGAAGAUUUUGCUGGAUUUUUACGGCCAGAAGAAGCUGUAGAAUGUGAUUGUUUUAGUAUUAAUCAGGAAUAUCAACGUGCUAAUGAAUUUCUACGAAAGUUAGAGAUAAAUUUUGAGAAACAACCAACACAGUUUCAGAGAAUUCUAAGAUGUUUUGAUAAAUGGCAGAAGAAUGUAAAUAAAACGGGUGAUUUGUUAAAAACUCAGAUAAGGUCAUUAUUAAGAAGUUCUCCUAUAUUAUUACAAGAGUUUGAUAUGUUUUUUCCUGAUGAAAAAAUACCAGAAUGCCAUACAGAAGAUUAUGAAGAAGUCAAUCUAUCUGAUAAUAGUGAUAAUGAAGAUGAUGGUUUUGAAGAAAUAGAUAUACCAGCAGAAUAUGAUACAUACCGUACUAAAAGAUGUCCCUGUGAUUGUCAUAAAGAUCCUAAUGAUACUAAAUUACAAGCUAGAUUAAAACAUUGUUAUGAUUGCUGUUUGAAGAAUGUCGAUGGUGGAUUAUAUUUCCAAACCAGUAAAAAUAAAUUACAGCCAGUCAAAGUGGUGUUUCAUAAAGUACCAGCAGAAUGUUCAUCUGAUGACUUUCCACCAACAACUGUAGAGUCACCAGUAUCUCCUAUUGACAGACCUGGUGAGAAACUAUCAAUAGAGGAUAAAGAAAAUGAGAUGUCUCCACCAGUAUCAUCUGUUAUACAGAACACAGGAGAAUCUCCUCUUAAACACUGUUCAUUGAAGAAAGCUAAGAAAAUGAAGUUGAAGACAGACAAGAAUAAAGCAGGAGAAAAGAGAUUUUUAUCAUUAAAUGAAAUAACAUCACCAGUAAAAUAUAGUACAAGUGAUGUUAGUAAUUUAACUAGUAGUGUUGAUACAGGAACUAUUACUGUUACAAAUACUAUACCAACAACUACACUAGCUAGUAUACCGCUACCAACUUUCACUACCGAGGAUAGUAAUAUCAGUUUAUCAACCUUCCUAGAUCCUAAUAAAACUCUGAAUAUCAAUCAAGAUAAACCAUGGGCAACAAUUAAUGAAAAUUCAUCAUCCGAUCUCUUGGCUAAAGCUGUUAAAGGAACAAUAGGCAAUAUAGCUUCAAAACCAUAUUUACUGAAUGAAAAUUCCACUGCAGAUCUUUUAGCUGCAGCUUUAAAAGAAGCAGAAAUUCAAAGAGGUGAUGUGUCUAUGGAUUCCAAUUUUUUUCGAAUGGUGAACAGUCCAACUAAAUCACAAACUGGUUCAGCAGCAAGUGUUAGUGGUUCUCAACUUUCAUUUAGUGGAGCUAUAAACCCAAUCUAUUCCGAUUUACUUACUCAACCUAAUAUUAAUACUCAAACACAAUCAUAUAGUCAACCUGUAACCACCACUAGCUUAGAAACAAUAACUAAUGUAAACUCAGUGAUUAUCAACACUUCAGAGUUAUUUCCCUUGACUGGAAUAUCUCCUACCAUACAAUCAUCGUCUGGUGCUAUGACCACUUCUGUCAGUGAUGUGAAUUUUCCCACUGUGAUGUCUGGGACAAUAGGGGCUAAUAAAACCCUCAGUAAAAGUGACAGUGCUAAUAUUAAUGUUCAGGAAGAUGUAGGCCAAGUUAAUGAUAAAAAAGAGAAGUCUAUAUCAGAUGAUGUUACUUGGAGUAGAGAAAUGGAUCGUAUUAUAUUAGAAAUGUGUCAGAUUGAUGGAGCUAAACCAGAAACAUAUCAGAAAAUUUCACAAAAACUAGUCACAAAAUCACCUGCUGAGAUAACAGAGAGAUUUAAAGUAUUAAUGGAGUUAUUAACAGAUUCUCAUGAUGAUGAAGAUUCAGAGGAAUAUAUGACAGAAUAAUUCAAAUCAUAAUUAUUAAAUUAUUGGCUCAUCAUAGUGGAGUCAAAAGACAAGUCAUUUUAACUUUGGAAUGUAGAUAAUUCUGGACACACGGAUUUGAAGUCUCAUUAACUCAUUGACUUAGCUAAAAACAUCCUGUUUCUGAAACUAAGAAAUUAUUGACCUUAUGGUUGCUGUCAUUCAAAUUGUCACAUGAUUAUGAAAUCCUUAAACAUCAAGUGAACCAGUGAACCAAGAUAAUAUUAUUGUCCUGUACAUAUAUAUUGAAUUAACUCUAAGUUAUAUAUGUUAUAAAGAAUUUAUAAGUAUUGUUGUUUGUAUAAUGAAUGUUGUAAACACUGUUACUUAUAAAGUCAGUGUUACAAUUAAAACUAAUGUUAU